GAUAAACGAGAAGAGGAAGAAAGCAACACUGUCGCUCAAAAACAGAUAUGGACCAACCAAACCAGGAAACUGAGAGCGAACUUUUGGUUCACCUAUUAACGAGUCUGUGUUUGAGUAAUGGUAACAUUCGCCUUAAUCAUGAAAACCUUAAUUCUGCACCAGUGUUUGGAGCAUACCAGAAUUAUGAGCCUGAGUUGAUAGGAAUAUCAUCUGUACAUUGCCGUUAUUCUCCUGGCAUCCCUGUAAGCGCCUUCAUAUCACCAUCACGACCACCCACAAGCAGCGGUAUCUUCAAUAUUCCCAAUUCUGCUCACCAGGAGGAAACCCGUCGUGUUGACGCUUUUAUGCAGUUACCUAUGGUCCGAAACGUCUUGAGUACAGGUGUUGAUCGAAACCUAGUGAGAUACGCUAUAGAGGGAAUGCUUAGAGAAACAGGUACCAUGUUCCGUGAUGGUGAAGCCCUGAUGAAUGCAGUCCUGAAUUUUGAGCAAAGUCGUGAAGUGGUAAAUACACCAUCUUUCGUCAGGGAACCCCAUCGAAACGCCUCACCAUCAUAUUCCCAAAAUGCUGAGAGUCGACGAUCAAGAUCUCAAAAUCCAGAUCUGGAAACGGAGAAUAGUAGGUUGAGGCAGUGCAACGUAUGUCUGGAGGCUGAUGCUUGUAUCCAUUUCAGGCCCUGUGGACACCUUUGUUGCUGUGAAGCAUGUGCCAAUCGUGUAACUACGUGUCCCUUGUGUAGAGCAAACAUUCAUGAGAAGUUAAAAACUUAUUUUUGCUAAGUUUCUAUUGAACUAAGUGCCAUGUUAAUAAAACGUGGGGUUUUUACCGAAAAGGAGAGGUAUUUGAUGAUAUCAACAACAAAAAGGCAAACAUAUCAUAGCAUAUAAAGUAGCAUUAAAAAAUUUAAUAUCAUUUGUUUAAUAGUUUGGGGUUUUCACGUACAAAUCGGUGCAGUUAUCAUAGGUUUUUUUUUAUUUUGCAGAACGUUUUAAUCAUUAUAUUUUAUGUAGCUUAGCUUUGUGGAAUGUAUUAGAAUUUUGAUUAAUUUGACAAAAACUUCACAAAAUCAAUAAAAAGAAAAUUAAUCCUAUUUCAAUCUUCUAAAAAGGUUUAUGUUUCUGAGUGAUUUUUUAUACUAAAACUUUUUAAGGUUGCUAUGUGCUACUGUUAUUUUGUCGAAUAAGAGAAAAAUAGUUUCUAGAAACAUUUUUAAAUUAAGACAAAAAAGAUAUGUUGUGCAUUAAAAAGUCAACUGUAUACGUAUAUUUCUAGGUAAACGUAAGACUCUUUUUUGGCUAUCUUAUAAUACUUUUCCAUAAGUUGAUUAUGUAUUUUAUUGUGCGUGUUCAACGUAAGGUAAAUAUUAUCAAUUCGAUUUUCUAAAUAUUUAUCUGCUAAAUGGAGUUGUUCGUUCGAUACAAGCAACUUUUAGUAGAAUGAUUACUUCUGAUCGCCUAAAUACAUAUUUACAGAAUUUUUCAGCGUUGUUUUAUUCAAAAAUUACGUGAAUGAUUUACUUACUCUAUGUUCGACAGCAAAUCAAAAGCAUAUUUAAGUCUCCAUUUUCUCAAACAAAAUAACAAAUUGAAACAAAAUAUGUAUUUUAACUGAAAUAGUGACUUGUUAUUGUCAGUAAAGUUGCAAAUGAGAGAUCGCCCCUUAGACAUAAGAAGAAACGGUUCCAAACUAAUGCAUGCUUGAUAAGUAAAUGAUAGUAACCCAACUAUUUUAUAUUCCAGAUUACAUGUAAUUUUCUUUUUAACAACUGCGCUUAUUUCACCUUACACGUAUAGAUUCAGCAACAAAAACUUACAUUUGACACUGAAAUAAUAGUUAUGAUUUGAUACUAUCUCAUUUUAUCAUAUUGUCUCAACUUCUAUGGUACAAUCUCUUUUCAAGACUUUCUAUUGAUUAACGUUUCAUGUAAGAGCUUAAUAAAGGCAUUUGAUAUUUUCAGAAGCUGUGUUAUAUGAUAUGUAAAAAUAUUUUCUGUUAGAGAAAGAUGUUCUCCGACUCCACAACAUGUUAGUUCGUAACUGUAACACCAUUCAAAAUGGAGUUUUAAUAAAAGUAAUUAUUCUUGUAACAUUCCUUAUUAUGUAAUUCUAUUGUUAA